CGUGAAUAUUUUGUAAUGGUGGAGAAGAUCUGCUGCCUUCGGUUCUGCCUGCGAGCUGCUGCCUGAUAGGACGAUUGCGUAUCCCGUGUCCGCGUUUUGUGGGAAUUUUUGCAACCGCCGCGUUUUCCGUGGGUCACUACGAUCGUUUCGCUGCCUACGGCACUAGUUUGUGCAGCAGAAGUGCAUCGGUUUCAGAUUCCACAAGAGCCCAAUCAACUUAAGCGCCCACAAUGUCCGAGUACUGGCUGAUAUCGGCACCGGGUGACAAAACAUGUCAGCAAACCUUUGAUACCAUGAACCAGGCCACCAGGACCAAUAAUCUGUGUGAAAACUACAAGUUUCACAUUCCGGAUCUUAAGGUCGGAACCUUGGAUCAGCUGGUUGGCUUGUCGGACGACCUCGGAAAGCUCGAUGGGUUCGUCGAGCAGACGACGCGCAAGAUCGCAAACUAUCUUGGCGACGUGCUGGAGGAUCAGCGCGAUAAGCUGUUCGAGAAUUUGGUCGCCAACAACACCGACCUGACGUCCUACAUCGUCCGCUUCCAGUGGGAUCUGGCCAAGUACCCGACGAAGCAAUCACUCCGCAACAUUGCGGACAUCAUCUCCAAACAAGUGGGACAAAUUGAUUCCGAUCUUAAGACGAAAUCAGCCGCGUACAACAAUCUGAAGGGCAAUCUUCAGAACCUGGAGAAGAAGCAGUCUGGUAGCCUGCUGACGCGUAACUUGGCCGAUCUUGUGAAGAAGGAACACUUCAUUCUCGAUUCGGAGUACUUGACCACGCUGCUGGUGAUCGUUCCGAAGGCCAACAUGCACGAUUGGAACGCGCACUAUGAGAAGAUCACCGACAUGAUCGUGCCGCGCUCGUCGCAGACGAUCACUCAGGAUCCUGACUACGCGCUGUGCUCGGUGACGCUGUUCAAGAAGGUGGUCGAUGAGUUCAAACUACAUGCCCGUGAGCGCAAGUUUGUCGUGCGUGAGUUCGUGUACAACGAGGAGGAGUUGGCGGCCGGCAAGAACGAAAUCACCAAGUUGGUCACCGAUAAGAAGAAGCAGUAUGGUACACUGGUUAGAUGGCUGAAGGUCAACUUUAGCGAGUGCUUCUGUGCCUGGGUUCACGUGAAAGCGCUGAGGGUUUUCGUCGAGUCGGUGCUGAGAUACGGUUUGCCGGUAAAUUUCCAAGCCAUCCUCAUCCAUCCGAACAAGAAGAGCACAAAGCGUCUGCGGGACGUACUGCAGCAGCUAUACGGCCAUCUGGACGGUUCGGCAGGAUCCUCGGGUGGAAAUGCUGACAAUGUCGACAUUCCUGGACUGGGCUUUGGACAAUCGGAAUACUUUCCCUACGUGUACUACAAACUGAACAUCGACAUGGUCGAUACGAAGGUUUAAGGUGAGCGCGGCCGCAAGUGCGUACUUUUAGGCGUGUCGAAUGAACAGCGGCGGAACACGGCAAACGCUAGUCGUUCGGUACGGAAUGCUGGACUGCCACGGGAAGCUGCCAACCAAUAAGAGUCAGAUUUCCAGCACCGUAGAGCGCAAAAAAACCACCAUCCCGUAAAGCUAUCCAACUUUAUGAGUUCGCGCAAUAAUCGGGGUCAAAUGAUUUUAGUACUCCGUUUUUUUUUUUGUUACGCCAUUGGCCAUGUAUUACGCAGAAAACCUCUUUUGGCAAUCACACCUCCUUCCCAUUGCUCCCAAGGGCGAUCGAUCGAUCAUGGCUGGUGUGUUAAAUUGUUGAAUACUUAGAUCGAUGAGUUUUAUUAAUUAAUGCGGGUACCGCAACCUAAUGUUUCGUUAAUCAUUUUAGCAUUAUUUGUUUUGCUUUUUUGAUGUGACAUCAAGCUUAAGAUGGUAGUAGAAAAGAAACACCUGGCCACCGGGCGGCACAAACAUCAGAACACCGUACAUACGCAGGAGACGGAAGCAAUCGGAAGCAAAAUGACCCUUAUCGUUGGCUGGUUUGGUGCGGACGGCGGACACUAACAUCGCGACGAUCCGUCGUAUCCGUUCGUCCUCAAGUUCGCUUCCGAUUGUCCGUUGAGCGUGUGCUUACAAUCGAAACCCUAAUCCGUAUUAACGCGUCGGCAACAUUCAUUCAUCCUUCCCAAUCAGCUGCAACAUCAGAUUAUCAUAUUUACCGUACGGAGAAACGUGUGUUUGUCAAUUCUUUUCGGGGAGAGUGAGGAUGGCCACCUUAUUAUUUCCGUUACAAAUCGUUGAUCCACCGGGCGUACCCGAACCAACACGGUCACUACCACCGUUGGGCAUAAAUAGUUGAUGUAUAGUGUAAGAAAAGUUUAUCAAACACCGUUAAGUGAUGAUGAUGAUCGGAUUCAUAUAAGUGUUCCCCUGCAGUUCUUCAGCGCACUGAGGGGACAUUCAUCGUUACGCACUAAUUUGUUACUUGUCUGUGUGCAAACAUUCUAUUUAGUGUACGGAGAGAGAGGUAAACUGCACACGGUGGUCGCUAUUCCAAAUCAGCAUAAUUAUUCGUGUAAGAAGCGCACCAUUGAGAGCGCCUGUCCAAAAGUUUCGGAAAGAAUCGUGCUACACAGUCCUAUGUUAUGUUUUUUUCGUGUAAAUAAACCGUAGUUCCCGGUGGAAAAUCUAGAGAGGAACCCAGAUGCCUCACGCAAGGAAGCAACUCGCAGACGUGUGGAGUUGUAUUGAUGGAACAGAUACAAAUAAUACCGAUCGAUGGUGGCCGCUAAUGACGAAUGAUGAUGAUAGGAACAUUCCAA